AUGAAGGGCGAGCGUGGGUGCUUGGAUGAGAGCCGUCACUUUGGCAGCAUUGGCACUCAUAGCACACCUUUCCCCACCUCUCAACACCCUUCCUUCCAACUCCGGGAGUUUGGGGAUGCCGAAGCUUCAUAUGAAGUUGCAGGUGGAUGUCGCGAAGUGCCUGUGAGGUUCCCAUCACUGAGUACCUGCCCAAAGUCCUGCCUGCAGUCUCCAGGGAAAGUCAUCAUGCCUCAUAGUGAGAAGAACCAGCAAGACAAUGAGGGAAGCCCUAAGGCCAAAAGAAAGGCUCCUGAGUCAGGCCUCAAUGGGCUAGUCCCUAAGGAGGAGGAGGCGGCCACUGCCACUCCCUCUUGCUCCGCUUUUACCACUCUGAUGCUGGCCACUCCAAGGGAGGUGCCUACUUUUGGGAUACCAUGUGAUCCCCCGAGUCCACCAAGACCUUCCUCUCCCCCUACUGCCUUGGUCUCUAGUGUGGGGCCUGAAUUUGAUCAGGGCUCCAGAAGCCAAGGAUCCGAAAUUCUGUUUUUCCAGCGCAACAUCUUAGGUCCUUUGGCCUUGCUACGUUACUCAAUUUCCCUGGUGCCAUUCCUACUCCUCAGGUAUCAAAUGAGGCAGCCAGUCAGUAGGGCAGAAAUCCUCACUCAUGUGGUCCGUUGCCACCGUAAUUUGUUCCCUGCAAUCUUCAACAAAACCCGUGAGUGCAUGAAGCUAGUGUUUGGCACUGACAUGAUAGAAAUAAAUCCCGCCCAUCGCGCCUAUAUCCUUGUCCCUGCUGCCGGCCUCAGGUAUGAUGGGUUGAGGAGUGACGUCCAUGGAGUGCCCAAGACGGGCCUUCUGAUUAUGGUCCUGUGCUUUAUCUUUAGAAGUGGCAAUCGGGCCACUGAAGAGGUGAUUUGGGGAGCAUUGUGUAAGAUGGGGAUUUGUGUAGAGAAACGGCACUAUAUCUAUGGGAAUAUUAGGAGGUUAAUCAUGGAAGAUUUUGUGCGGUUGCAGUACCUGGAGUACCGGCAGGUGCCCCAUGCUAAUCCAAUUAUCUAUGAAUUCCUGUGGGGCCCCAGAGCUCGUGCUGAAACCACAAAGAUGAAAAUCCUUCACCACUGGGCCAAGUUCAGUGGGAAUGAUCCCAGGUCCUUCCCUAUCUUGUAUGAUGAGGCUUUGAGAGAGGAACAUAGCCGCCGCCGCCGCCGCCGCCGCUAA